CACAUUGACUAUGUAUUUUCAGCAAGCUUGGAGAGAUAAGCGUCUGUCCUACUCCGAGAUUCCCCUCAACCUGACACUGGAUAACAGAGUAGCGGAUCAGCUGUGGGUGCCAGACACAUACUUCCUGAAUGACAAGAAAUCUUUUGUUCAUGGUGUAACUGUGAAGAACAGAAUGAUUCGUCUCCAUCCAGAUGGCACUGUGCUUUAUGGGCUCAGAAUCAGAGCUCAUUCGACUAGGGCUAUCGCCUCUUCGUGGGCCUGGUCUAAGGGCACAUCUAUGGCUGGUCUUCGCAGAACACUUUCACCAGGUUCUUCAGGUUGGACGUGUCCUCUUCGGCUUCUCAAGUCCUUUCGGAUUACGACCACAGCAGCCUGCAUGAUGGACCUGCGAAGAUACCCACUAGACGAGCAAAACUGCACGCUGGAAAUCGAAAGCUAUGGUUACACAACAGAUGAUAUUGAGUUUUACUGGCGCGGUGGAAAUCAUGCAGUUACAGGGGUUGAAAGGAUAGAGCUUCCUCAGUUCUCCAUUGUGGACUACAAACUGAUCUCUAAGAAUGUGGUUUUCUCUACAGGUUCCUAUCCUCGCCUCUCCCUGAGCUUCAAGCUUAAGAGAAACAUUGGGUACUUCAUUCUGCAGACCUAUAUGCCGUCCACCCUGAUCACCAUUCUGUCCUGGGUAUCCUUCUGGAUCAACUAUGAUGCCUCGGCUGCCAGGGUUGCUUUAGGAAUCACCACUGUGCUCACCAUGACCACCAUAAACACGCAUUUGCGUGAGACUCUUCCAAAGAUUCCAUAUGUCAAAGCCAUUGACGUGUACCUUAUGGGCUGUUUCGUCUUUGUCUUCCUGGCUCUGCUGGAGUAUGCGCUGGUCAACUACAUCUUCUUUGGCAGGGGACCUCAGCGGCAGAAGAAAGCUGCAGAGAAAGCCACCACAGCCAACAAUGAAAAAAUGAGAAUGGAUCCAAACAAAUGGUUGGUGGGAAAUGUAGUUCAGAGAGAGGAUGCUCUGUAUGCCAGAAUGAAACAGAGGGAUAUUGACACUCAUGACUCCAUGUGGGAACCGAUCUUUGUGGACGAUGCAGCAUUAGGACUAGGCGAUUCAAAAACUAAGAUGGACCCUCAUGAAAACAUUCUCCUCAGUCCCCUGGAAAUCAAAAAUGAAAUGGGUGCUUCAGAGUUGACCCUGGGUUUAGGUGAUCCACGUGUAACCAUGCUGGCCUAUGACAGUACCACACUACAGUAUCGGAAAGCUGGCCUGGCCAGGCACAAUUUUGGACGCAAUGCACUGGAACGGCAUGUGGCACAGAAGAAGAGUCGACUACGACGGCAUGCUUCACAGCUUCAAAUCACUAUUCCUGACCUAACUGAUGUCAAUUCAAUUGACAAGUGGUCAAGAAUGAUUUUUCCUACCGUAUUUUCUUUUUUCAAUGUCAUCUAUUGGCUGUAUUACAUUAACUAACUGCACUGAUUUUUACGUCAUUAUAUUCACCCCCCGGUAGGUUUUGCAAUACAAGCGAACUUCAAGACUAUUUGUUUUUAUUCUUGUAUUCACCUUAAUUUCUGGCUGAUACACACACUCUGAGGAGGUUAUAAACAAAUUCUGCCUGCUUUGACAGUCACAUUUUUAUGUUAUAUUUUUUGUGAUUUUGUUAAAUGUUUGGUUUAAUUUUUUAUGAUGAUUUUUACUAGGAUGUAUAUACUUCGUUGACAAAUGUUCAUAACAAUUAUAAAACAAUCUUUACACAAAGAGAAAUAUCAGUGUCUUUAGUCAAACAGUGGAUAAAUCUUCUAUGGCAUUAUACCAUGAUUUCUCUAUCAAUUUAUUACAACCCACAAUCACACAAUCGUUAAAUUGCCACUGUGUUUUUGGUUAAAGUUUGAUGUUUAGUAACUGCAUGCUUUGAAAGUUGUCUGCAAUAUUAACUCCAAUUAGCUAAUCUAUUUUUUUUAGGAAGUUCAAAAUCUGCACACUGCCAUUUCUUCACCCAGUUUUGCUGUCAUGUUUCUUUGAGCCAAUUAGCAGAGUUGUGACUAAUCUCUUUGGAGCUGCAACAAAAGACAAAGCUAAUUGGCUGAUGGUACCCUAGGAAUGCACACUGUCAACUACAUUUAUAUUUACUUUGUCAUUUAGCAGAUGCGACUAUUCUGUCUUGAGAUAUGAUGUCAAAGGCUGCUGAAACUGAUCACUUGGAAAACAUCUAUUAUAAGUGAAAAAAAAUGUGCACUUAUGACAUCUAUACCUG